AUGUAUUUAAAAGUUGUUCUUUUGUUAGUUAGUCUGUAUUAUCGAAACUCGCAUGAGCUUUUUCCAUUGCCGGCUUCGGCUUUUGUAAAAGCUAACAUUUCUUGGAUAUAUUACAUGGAAAUGUUAUGUUUUAAGACUUUCCUGAAGGCGAAAGAAGAUGAUGCAAUACUCGGGCAGAAUAUGUGUCAUCCAAGAGCUCUUGCGUUAAAUAUGCCUUAUUUUAGACGUACUCUUGACCAAAUGGGCCGCGGGAUUCAGUCACCAUAUUGGUGUCGCACUCAAGGCGUUUCUGUUGGCAGCCUACAAUUUUAUUGUAUCUCGUCGCCUUUGAGACAAGGUUAUUAUGAAAAAUUAGACUUGACCGUGUCAGUAAUUUCCCGCUGUCAGCUCAGUCACAAAUUACAAUUCUCUCAUUUCUGGCACUUAAUUAAAUCAAUUACCAAUCUCACUAUUCUACUGAAAUCAUAUUUAAGUAGAUGUAUGGCAAUACAAAAAGUACUUCCGACACAAAUUCAACAAUUAAUCAUAGCGGAUGGACCCGUGCAUUUGGUUGCCAAAUUAGUAAAGUUUAUCAAAUUAAAAAAAAUUCAAUUCUUAAAAACUUGUGGUCGUGUAACCGUUCUCAGACUUGCUGGACGUGGACUCCACUGUCACGAGGAACAUUUAAACAACGUAAGUAUUACAGUUAUUUUGUCUAAAUCUGAGAGUGGUUUACCAGAUUUUAUUAAAUAUUUAGAACGUUUAGAAUUACCACACUUUGUAUUUAUAAACAUGCUAAAUACAUGUGUCGUUAGUAGCAGUAGUUUUAAACCAUAUUUACUCACCUUACUUCCUACUUUUAGACCUGUUAGUCAAUCAACAGCGAAAGUGCCGCGCAAUCACCGCAAAGACGGCUGUGAUAAAUUAAAAUUACAAGCAUUUGUUUCGUGCUGUACUUGGGUCUUCUGCUUACGCAAAAGAAAAGACCCUGACUUUGGAAUGCAUAGAGCGCAUCUACUUUUAAAAUUUUUCCUCUUUAACAUUUACAAAAUCAUCAGUGCUGCCGGUCUUGUGCUUGGAUUAUGCACCAAGAAUUGCUGGAUUUGGGGAUGUCUUCUAGCUGAUUUGCUAAGUAGCUAUUCUGUCACAAAGUGUUUCCAAAAUUUAACCAAAAAAGCCGCAGUGUCUAUCACAAACCUCAAUAAUUCAUUGCGCAGAGCUAUUCAAGGUUUAAAUGACCUGAAGAACAAAUUAGGACUUGCGUCGAAUCCAAACUAG